AUGGGCUUAGAAGUCGGAGGGCUGAAGUUGUGGGAUACCAGGGAAGGAAAGCCUAAAUCUAUACUCGAACAAGAAGCCUUGGUUCCCCAGUGUGGUUUUUGGUUUUGUUUUUUAGUUGGGAGUUUGUUGUGUUAUUUGACCAAGGAUAGUGCUGACUGCCUCUGGCUUAUACUUCUCUUUCGAAGUUUAUUUUAUGUUUUGUUGUGGUUUUCAGAUUUCUCAUGGUUUGGAUUUGGGAAAGUAAAAUCAAGACAAGGUGUUGGCCCAGCUUCAGUUAUCAGCAAUGACGACGACUCUGCCAGCCCACUGCACCACAUCUCCAAUGGGAGUAACACUCCAUCUUCUUCAGAGGGUGGCCCUGAUGCCGUUAUUAUUGGAAUGACCAAGAUCCCUGUCAUUGAAAAUCCCCAGUACUUUGGCAUCACCAACAGCCAACUCAAGCCAGACACAUUUGUUCAGCACAUCAAGCGACAUAACAUUGUUCUGAAAAGGGAGCUAGGCGAAGGAGCCUUUGGAAAAGUUUUCCUAGCUGAAUGCUAUAACCUCUGUCCUGAACAGGACAAGAUCUUGGUGGCAGUGAAGACGCUGAAGGACGCCAGCGACAAUGCACGAAAGGACUUCCACCGUGAGGCUGAGCUGCUGACCAACCUCCAACAUGAGCACAUCGUCAAGUUCUACGGCGUCUGCGUGGAGGGCGACCCGCUCAUCAUGGUCUUUGAGUACAUGAAGCACGGGGACCUCAACAAGUUCCUCAGGGCACACGGGCCUGACGCCGUGCUGAUGGCCGAAGGCAACCCGCCCACGGAGCUGACGCAGUCGCAGAUGCUGCACAUAGCCCAGCAGAUCGCCGCGGGCAUGGUCUACCUGGCGUCCCAGCACUUUGUGCACCGCGACCUCGCCACCCGGAACUGCCUGGUCGGGGAGAACCUGCUGGUGAAAAUCGGGGACUUCGGCAUGUCCCGGGACGUGUACAGCACUGACUACUACAGGGUCGGUGGCCACACGAUGCUGCCCAUCCGAUGGAUGCCUCCAGAGAGCAUCAUGUACAGGAAGUUCACCACGGAGAGUGACGUCUGGAGCCUGGGGGUCGUGUUGUGGGAGAUCUUCACCUAUGGCAAGCAGCCCUGGUACCAGCUGUCCAACAACGAGGUGAUAGAGUGCAUCACUCAGGGCCGAGUCCUGCAGCGGCCCCGCACGUGCCCCCAGGAGGUGUACGAGCUGAUGCUGGGGUGCUGGCAGCGGGAGCCCCACAUGAGGAAGAACAUCAAGGGCAUCCACACCCUCCUUCAGAACUUGGCCAAGGCAUCUCCGGUCUACCUGGAUAUUCUAGGCUAGGGCCCUGCCCCCAGGCCGACCCUUCCCGACGUCGCACUCCUCAGACGGGCCGAGAGGAGGAACAUCUGUCACCUGCCGCUGGAAGCCCGAGCUGCUCUCCUUCACUCUGACAGUGUCAGCAGCAGAGACAGCGAGAAGCUCUCAGAGGGAAGCCGCGUGGACUUCUCCAUCCAUGGACGCAGCACUGACUUCUUUUUGGUAUUAUCUCUUUCUCUCUUUCCAUCUCCCUUGGUUUGUUCCUUUCUUUUCUUUUCCUUUCCUUUUUGUCUUUUCUUGGUCUUCCCUGCUUCACAGUUCGUGCCCUUUCUGUUGGAUCAAUCUGGCUUCUGCAUUACUAUUAACUCUGCAUAGACAAAGGCCUUAACAAACCUAAUUUGUUAUAUCAGCAGACACUUCGGUUUGCCCACCACAACUAACAAUGCCUUGUUGUAUUCCUGCCUUUGAUGUGGAUGAAAAAAAGGGAAAACAAAUAUUUGACUUAAACUUUGUCACUUCUGCUGUACAGACAUGGAGAGUUUCUAUGGAUUCACUUCUAUUUAUUUAUUAUUAUUACUGUUCUUAUUGUUUUUUGGAUGGCUUAAGCCCGUGUGUGAAAAGGAAAACUUGUGUUCAAUCUGGGAAGCCUUUAUAUGUGGGAGAUUAAAACCAGAGAGAAAGAAGAUUUAUUAUAAACCGCUGUAUGGGAGGAACAAAGACAACCAUUGGGAUCAGCUGGCAUCAGUCCCUGCUUAGGAACAACCCAGCCACUGUUAGCUGGGAGGAAUGUAUUCGGCACCUUCCCCUGAGGACCUUUCUGAGGAGUAAAAAGACUGUUGAACUCUGUGCCAUGGACCAUUCUUUGCCCAUCACCAGAAAUACUAGCGUUCAGUAGAGAGAAAAGAUGGCUUCCGUGAGACACAAGAUGGCACAUCAUUUGCUUAGACACAGUCUUGUCUUUGUAGGUCGCCACGAUAGCACUGGUUUGUUGUUCAAGUGUUAUCCACUGAUCCUUUGUCAAGUUCAGUCAAGGUGGAUUUGUGUCCAGAGAUCAUUUCAGGGUCAGGUGGGAAAGCCACGGACGCGGAAAAGAUAGGACGAACUAUAAAUUCAGAGACAAGUUUCUCUUAUAUUGAACUUUUCAGAUAGCACUUCCCUCCGCCCCCCAACUUCUACUCCCACCAUCCUUUUAACUGUGCAAGCAAAAUUGUGCAUGGUCUUCGUGGAUUAAUACCUUGUGUGCAGAAACUACCACUCCAGACACAGUGCCCCUGAUAGGCAAAGCAGAUCCGUGAAAGGUAUGACUUACACAGUUAGGGGAAGCUCAUGGAGCCGAUUGGCUGAAGAUAAAUGUCUCUGCCUUGUAUGGUGGUGAUGGGUUUUAAUGAAUAUGGACCCUGAAGCGCGGAUACCCUCAUCCACGUGGAGCCCACAGGACUAUGGGGAGGGCAGAAUCAAUCCCUGUGGGAGAGGAAACCUCACCCUUAGCACAUCACAUGCGUUAAUGUUCAGUGUACACAGGCCAAGUCCCUUGCUCUGGGCUCUGGUUGGGAGAGUGGUUCAUUCCGAGUGUGCCCCACUGUCAGUAUGCUGUUUUUGUUUUCUUCACUCCAUUAAAAAAGUCAAAAUAAAAUUUUGGCACGGCAUGCCAAUGGGAGGCUGUGCCCAGACUGAGCACGGGAGGUGUGCUUCUGGGCAUAGUCAUUGGUUUUGCAAAAAGAAGGCGUAAAUUCAAAUAGAAAUUUACACUUAUUUGGAUGGUCAGAUAUACCAAGGAAGAAAAAUAUUUCUGUUCAUCAAGAAAACUUGCUACCCUCUGUGAGGGGAAUUUUGUUAAACUUGACAUCUUUAUAACAUGAGCUAGAUUGAAAGGGAGUGAUUUUAAUUCGUCUUAGGUCAUGUUAUUUCAUCUGUGUUUCUGAAGGUGCAAUAGCUCUGUUUUAGGUUUUGCUUGUGCCCGUUAAUUACUGGAACACCUUGUUGACCAUUAUAGGCUUUGAAAGCCAGUUCUCAACAAUUCAAAAAUGUAAAUUAACAGAGAACAAAAGGAAAUGCAGUAAGUAGCGUCUGUGGUCAAACUAGGGGGUUGGACAAUAUGAACCUUACGGUCCCUUCGAGUUCUGUGCUGGCCUAGGAGAGAUGGAGUUUGAGUUGUUUAUUCUCUUUGGCAGUGAAAAAAGUACCCCUCCAGAAUACAAAUAAUCAUCUAAUGAAAGCCAUAUCUCAAUGAUAUAUACGUGCACGUGUAUAUCCUAUUAAGGACCCACGGUACUGUUAAAACACUGUGGACUUCCAUGAAGCAAGAAGGAAGGGGCAGAUUUGUAUAAUCACUUUUCUAGAUUCCAUCAGCGAUGACCUGAAAGCCUAGGCAGGUUUGCUACCUGUGCAUGUCUGGCCAGCGGCUCGGGGGCAAGAAGCUGCAAGUUAUUUUAUUUUAAGAGAGCAAAGGAGGUACUACUUUAAGGGAUCAAAUUCAAGGAAGGCUGUGCAGUGUUAGGCAGAUGAGAAGAUGGGAACAUUCCAUUCCAGUUGUAUGCUUUCCUCUGAAAGCAAAAAGCAAAAAAAAAAAAAAAAAAUUCUCCUUAUACCUUCUGACAAGUCCCUCAAAGUCUUGAAAGGUUCUAUGCAAGUGCAAAGUUUUAUAGUUAUUUAUAUUAUUGAUUAUUAUUGUUUCCUCUGUUGUCUCAAGAGUAUGUGCUGACUUCAGAGACAUCUUGCAUUGAAAGAAUAUCGAUUGCUUUGAAGUAGCUGAAUGAGCCACAGAAUGUCUUAAAAUACCUGUCACUGUCCCUCCAAUACCCCCUUUUCUCCUGGUCUGAUUUUUAGAAAACUAAGUAGCAUCCUCAUUCUAAAAUGUAAUGGUCACCAAAUAUGGCCUGCCUUCAGAGACGCUGAAAACUACAGCAGUAGCAGUGAUAAACCUGACUCUCUAGUCCAGACCCAGCCUGACAAUCAUUUCCAUUUACAAUUUUUUAAAUAGUUUUCCAAACACUUUUCACACGUGUUAGCAAAUUAUUCCUGUUUUUUAAUAGGUGAGGAAAUUGAGACUCAAAGAAGCUCAGAUGCACGUUAGAAGUCUCCAGCUUAGCUUCUUCUGGCACCACUGGGACCUAAUCCAAGUACUCUGACUCUGAACUUCAUGAUUCUGUCCACUAGAAACCCUAAUAUUCAAACAAGCAUUCAGGAAAGAAAGCACACUAACAAAUUCCAAAAGCAGGGUGUGAAGUUAGAAGAACAAAUGGAAAUACAUGAGUUUACAAGCAGCUGAGAUAAUUGUGAUAUGUAAUCAUGCUCUUAGCUUCAGCUAAAUCCUUGUACACUGAACCAAUGUCAUAAUCAGGCUUAUUUAGAAAACACUUUAUGCUAUAAAAGAUUAUAUCAGAAUUCAUAUUAUACAUGUGUUCACAUCAGUGCUACCUGUGAUACUUUCAUGUAUUUAUAUAUGUGUUAUAAAUACUUGAUUUAUACAUAUACAAAUGCACAUACAUAGUGUGUUUGUGUUUAUGUAUAAAUUUAUAGGCAUACAAUAAUAGAGAUAAUUAUAAGUAGGGUGCGGUAUGAAUAAUUUGCUUAAAAUCUGCUAAAUAACCAAAACUUUGUAAUGUCAUGUUGCUGUUAGUGCUCCCAUUCUCCAUGUGGGUAGGACUACAUCACACUUUCCAACUCCGUGCAGUACUGCAUGGGUGGGAGGCAUAUUUAAAAUAAUGUGCUUCCCAAAACCACUGAAUAAAAGCCAUCCCACCACACUGAAUCCUUUCUCUGGUUCCUUGCAAAAGAAAAUGAGGACCGAAUUAGAUCAUUUUAUGUAAAGGUCCAGGAAAGGAAAAUGGAUUUUUUUGUUUUGUCUUUCUGCACAUUUGUGUUAUGCUCACCUUGUCCUCGUCCCACUGUGAUCCUUCACACUUGUGUUCAGAGUCUAAGCAUUCCAGGUGUAAAUUGGAAUGUUGGGAGCCCAGUGUCUCGAAGGCCAAUAGUGAGACGUCCAAGACCCCACGGCGAGAUGAGCUAGUCAGGGAUUCCCACAUCCGAGUAUGAAUGUACCAGCCAAGGGUGGAGAAUGCUGUCCUUUGCAAAGCGUCGUGACAAUAGGAUUUCUUGGUCAAGAAUGGGCUUUUUAUCUUUAUUUUACUUUCCUUUUUGCAAAUUGGACAGCCUAUUUCACCAAUAAUGUUAAAUUAUAUCUAAUCAAAUAAAUGACUGUAUUUACACACACACCUUCGAUUCUCUUGCUCCCCAAUCCCCCCCCCCCUUUCCUGUUUGAGGACUUUCAUUUUCAGUGUUGACCUUUGGUUUGGCCAUAUAUCACUGUUACAGAAAAUCCCAUGAGAGGAAUGGCCAGUGACCCAACUCCCCAAAUGUCUAAGUUAGUUAGUAGUUAAAGCCGAUUCUUUACAAUGCUUAAUUGGAAUGUGGACACUCUGAGGUUGUGAUAGCUUGCACAUGAAUUUCAAAUAUUAUUCUAAAGCAUUAAGGGUGGGAAGGAUUUAUAGUUUAAAAUGACAGUGCAGGAAGGGAUAUUUUCUUGUUGUCAGGGCUGGAAUGAAUCACUGCUGCUCAAGUGAGAGGUUCUGGAAUAUCCUUAGUUUUUGUAUUUCUUCCCCUUCUUUUCCCUUGACCUUUAUUUAUUGAAUUAUGUGUUUAUUUAUUUACUUAUUUAUCUAUUUUUGCUCCAUUCAUCACAAACACAAAGCAAAGCAAAAAAUAUAUAUAUGUAUGUAUAUGUGUUGCAGGCAAAACACUGUGAAUUUCACAACCACCACCAAGCAACUAUUUUGCCAUCUUAACAUAUGUCUCAGGAGAUGAAAUGGGAAAAGAUGGGGAUGUCAUUUUUCAGUCUAUGCGUUCGAGGCCAGGUCCACGUUUAUUUUCUUUCUUUGGUCCAUGCAUUAAUGAAAAUGAUCCUGAGUGAAGGUUGGCUGAAUGUUCAACAUAAUGGAGCAAGCAUAACAAAAAGCUGUGAAUAGCCACGUGUUUGAAUAGGAAAAAAAAAAUUGGAGAAAAUGAAAUGUAAUGUAAAGGCCUACAUCUUGCAGCUUGUAUAUCUUACUAUUGCUUUAAAAAUGUAUAAAACAGCUGGAAAUGUUUUAAAUACAAGGUCUUUGAAUUAAAUGUGGAUUUUAAAAUAUGUAAUCCCUUGAACUAUGACCAAAUUAUGGUGAACUAUUGCUCCCUGUGUUCCUUGAUCAUUACCUGUGACUUACAAAUCUGCCUGGAGAUGUGGACACUCUGCAUUUGCUGCUGUAUCUGGAGAGAUGUUUGUAUAUAUCCAGGCCGUAUACACACACACACUUCAAUAUCUCUCUGCAGAUAUAUUUCCCCUUCAAUAGUGACCUGGUAUUUGGAACUCUCUAUCUUUUCAUCUGGUUUCUUUUCCUUUUAAUGUGACGUCUCUGUGCCAAUACUUACCAGUUCUUGUUUUGCAAUCUGUUUUGAGGUCCAUUGCUUUACUAAGACCCACUGCAUCUUGGCUGAUUUCAAAGUGACACCUGAAUACAGUGUUUCAAAAAAAAAAAAAAAAAAAAGUUUCGUUUGUAAAUCAUGUGACCAGCUUCUCUCAACCUGACAUGGAAAGUCUCUUGUACUACAGUGUAUUUAAUAAAAAUGAUGUCUUACAAUAAAUAACAUCCUCCAAAAGA